AAGCACACGGAGCAGGAUGAGUGCAUAAUGCAUGGAUUGUCUAUACCUGAGGAAGAAAGCUUUGCUCCUGGACGUGUUUGUAGUUUUCAUCCUCCAUGUGAACACUAACACACAAGGUCAUGCCUCCCAAUGUCCUGUCUUUAGAGUUCCGCGAGGGGCUGUUCAUAAAGUCUGUACAAACAAGCCUUUCAAGAUCUCCUGCAAUCUGAAGAAUUGUCGUGGUCAGACAAACAAUAUUACAUGGACUAAAGAAACCUUGAAAGGAUGGAUUCCAGUGUCUGGAGGUCAAAUGUCAUCAUCACAGAUCUAUUCUGCAUCUGAUCUGUUGACUUCAUAUUUAACUUUCAUAAAUAUAUCAAAGAAUCAUGAUGGCCUCUACAGAUGUGAACUGCGGUUAUCAAACUCAUCAACAGUUAGCCAUUAUAUCAAUAUUUCUGUCUCAGUUUCUUCCACAAAUGACAGCCUGGGAGAUGAGAUGUCUUGCCCUGAAAAAGGAGACAACAGUGAGACAAACACUGAUACCAGCUUUAAUUCGAACCCAUGGUGGCUGCCGUAUCUCUUUAUCUGUAUGGGUGUAGUGAUUCCAAUUCUCAUAUUAAUGCUCAUCUUUAUCCUGUGUAUUAAUGGAUGUACAACUUUGAGAAGAAGGAAAACACAGAAAGCGCAUGUUCAGUAUACAGCAUCAGUCUUGUCGUCACCGAGCCCCAGAGUCCAGAAGAAUAAUAAAUUUGUCGGUGUCCAGUACUCAGAAGAAAGACAUCAGCACUCUCGUGACAGCAACACAUGCAGUUUAACAUCACCACCUGCACAAUCUACUUCACAUCUGUCAGAUUGUGGGGGUGAUGAUAGUUUGUCCAACAGGAGAGUUAACAGUUCAAGCCAGGUUGUAUAUGCAUCUCUGCAUCACCUCACACCAACACCAUCAUCUACUGCACCCCGUCCGACAAGAGAGGACUUUUCCGAGUAUGCAGCAAUCCGAGUCUCCUGAUGUCACCUCUGUGGGUUAUACAUAACCAGACCAAGUUAAGCAGCAUGUUCAAGUCUCCAAAAUGAAAUAGUUCAUGCAGAGUCAGGUUUGAGAAGCUGUACUGUUUUACUAACAGGAAGCAGGAAAUGUAUGUUCUUCUCACGCCACACAGUGCAAGUCAUCACAUGUUGUUUCUUUCCUCGUUACAUCACGGAAAUAUGUUCAAUGUGGUUUCUGAGUGAAACUCACACCAGUAAUCAUAGGUGUCUGAUGCAACACAUCCAUAUCCUGUCUUCAAUACUUGUCAGUCUACAUUGUAUGCACUAAAAUGAAAAAGUUAAUACAAUAACAGUUUGUUACAUACAUCUCUGUUGUUGAGAGUAUUUUAGUGAUUUCCAGUUGUACUGUGAACUUGUGAUUUAAAAGAUAUAGAUUUUAAUAUUGUAUGUGUUACAUUGUUUAAAAAUGUUCAUUUUUAUUAGUCAUUUAUUUAAUUUUGGAUGGUUUAUGAUUAUAAUCCAUCAGAACAGUUUUAAAAAGUGACCAAGUUUACCUGAUGGGACUGUCCCACUUACAAAAUGAUUUAGGCCCUUUUGUAAAAUAAAACCAGUUGCAGGUUGCACAAACUGCUUAGACAAUAAGUUAGUCAUGAAAUGUUGUUCUUUAAGUCAUAACUUUAAAUGCAGUUACAUACAAAUGUAGAUUGCUCUACUUGAAAUCCAAAAAGCAAAGCUGAAUAAAACUGUCAUAAAGCUUGGCUGUCAAGUUGAUCAGUUCCUAAUGCACAUUGAUUAUGAUCUCAAGUCUUAAUGCACAUUAAUAAAUGAAAAACGUUGCUGUGUUUAUGCAAAUGAGCCCAUUCGAUGGAGCCAUCGCUCCAAAGCCUAUAAGAGUAAUAGUUUGAAGCUGUUUGCAACGUG